UAGAAUUUCCUGUGAUGAAAGUGUGGCUUGGAUUUGUAGUCACCCCUCCAAGCUCCUGUGAUGCUAAAACACCUUUUGCAUUCCCUACCAAAGAAAAGCAUCUCCAGACUGAGUGAUAGUUUUAUCAUCAGACAUACCGUUUUGUAUGUAGGCGAAAAAGGUUGUUUUUUUUGUUGCAUGAUCUGGCUAGACCACCCUCUUCCACAAGGUUGCAGUGUCCUCUACACGGCGAGAGGCAAACUGCUUCAUUCAACAAUGACUUUGAUCCUGCUGCUUUUCCUCCCAGUUCAGACUGGACUAGUUCUCCAAUCAAUUCUCUUCUCCUAGCGUGUUAACUUUGGUAUGAUGUCAUUCUUUGAUAGGUUUGGAGUUGAGCUGUAACACAUCAACAUUUGGAGGACAAACUGAAAAGUGCUGUGUAGCAUGAUCUAAUUUACAUAGUUAUCAUAACCACAAUUUGCAUCUCUACUAUCCUAUUCUGUUGGACUAUAUCAAGAAAGCAAAGCAAGAACUAUUAACAAGAGUUCUGGAAUAAUGUUAAAGUAAGUCUUGUUUGCACUUUUGUUGUUCCCAACCUUACAUGUUAACUCCACUAGGUAAAACCCAGACUAGACUUUUUUAUGGUCUGUGUUGUUCCACUGCCUGCAUUAUUUCUAUGCCCUUAUCAGGAAGGACUGCAGACACUUGGUGUCAUGCCAGUCAAACUGGUUUCACUCCUCUGUUUUUAGGUACAUUUUAUGCAUUGUUGGGAAGGAAAUGGUGACUUAACUUUUUUUUUGUUGUUGUGAUUCUUGGCAUUCCUUGACUAGCUUUUCAAAUAAAGACGAAAGGAAUUUUUUUUUUUUUUUACCCCAUUCGACAGUUACUGCCUCCCAUUUCUCAUUCACUGCUAAAUAUUCUGUAGGUUUUCUUUGCCGAGAUAAUAAAAUGUUCCCUUUUAUAAACACUGGCACAUGUAGAGAACUAGGCAUUUUAACAAAGGCAUGUGAUAAAUGUUUUCCCCCCUACAUGAACUUUCCUGUGUAUAAUGCCAGAGCCCUUCCCCUUUGUUUUCCGGGGAGGAGUGAUGCAAGUUAAAGGAAAUGUGGCCAGAAUGAGACAGAUGAGUAUCUGAGCUGCCUCAGGAGCGAACACAUCCAGGAAAAGGAAGUGAAGAUGAUUCUGAGUAACUGCUGAUGCCCUGCAGUUUUGUUGCAUUUUCAGAUUAGCCAUCACCUGAGACUUUUCACAAGCUUACACACCAUUUGACACUUUUCUGUGUGCACUGUUUGUAUUUCUGUAACUAGUCAUAGAAGAGCGGAAUGAUUUGGGUAGCGGAGUAAAAACUUCCCUGAACAUUCUGGAGAGCUCUUCUGUUAUGGUGAAUGAAGUGAUUCCUGCAAGCCUGUACCAUCUCUACAUCUCUGAGUGAUCUGAAUUUUCAUCGGAUGAGCAUCAUGACUGACUCAAACCACACCGCAUCCUGCUACGCCAACACCAGCACUCCAUAUAGUUAUUCUCCUGGCAUUAACAAAGUUGACUACUCAGCUACCUUCAGCACUUUGGGUCUCAUCUCUAAUCUAAUUGCCUUUAUUGUCCUCAUCAAAUCCUUCAAGCAGACAAAAAAUCAUUCGCGCUCUUUCUUCCUCAUCUUCCUGGGUGGUCUUGUAGUCACUGACUUCAUGGGUCUGCUGGUAACUGGCUCCUUCGUGAUUUCAUUUUACGUUACACGUGUUGACUGGAGCAAGUCGGACCCUGCCUGCCACUUUUGCAACUUCAUGGGUAUGUCCAUGGUGUUCUAUGGAUUGUCCCCUCUGCUACUUGGUGCCACCAUGGCCACCCAGCGCUUUAUUGGCAUCAACCAUCCAUUUGCAAGUUCCUCCAAAAUGACCAAGAGAAGGACUACUUCCAUGAUGCUCAUGGUGUGGUUUGUCGCUGGAAGCAUAUCGUUGCUGCCACUAAUAGGCUUUGGUAGCUACCACAUUCAGACUCCUGGAUCCUGGUGUUUCCUCAACAUGACCCCCAAGACAAGUGACUGGGGUUUCGCUCUGCUUUUCUCCCUGGUUGGACUGAUCAGCAUUGCAACGUCAAUUUUGCUGAACACUGUGAGUGUGGUGACCCUGCUCAAGGUUUACUGUGGAGCAGAGAGGAGACAGCGUAGCAGAGACCAUGAAGCAGAAAUGAUGCUGCAGCUUAUACUAAUCAUGACUAUUGCGACGGUUUGCUGGUGCCCCUUGCUGAUAUAUAUUCUGAUGCGUUCACUGACUCUCCCUGCAAGUGAUGGCAUGCUUUUGUUCUUCAUUCGAAUUGCCACAUGGAAUCAGAUACUUGACCCCUGGAUUUACAUCAUGAUAAAGUGUGCAAGUUAAGGCGAGUAACAAAUUGCAUUUAUCAAAAAUGUCAUGGCACAGCUUAAACAGUCACUGUUCACCCCCUCAUGUCCUAACUGUGAGCUAUAGCAUGCCUGUUACACCAGCAUGUCAGUGCCAUUUGUAAUUAAAACCCAUGGAUGUACAUUUGCACAGUGCUGUGAUAAUAAUCCCAAACCACCAUCCAUGUCAUUAUCAUGUAACUCACAACAUGUUAUAGUCUCAUCAUCUCAGCUGUGAUAAUAAUC